AUGGAUUCUAGCCGUGUUUUCUUCGAUCCCUCGUAUCACACCAACAUGUUGUUCGUCGGUAAUGGCGAUCCCGUUUUUCGAGGAGGAAGAUCGGUGAUGAACAUGGAAGAGACCUUAAAGAGGCGACCUUUUUUCAGCUCUUCAGAAGAACUAUAUGAUGACGACUAUUACGACGAGCAAUUGUCGGAAAAGAAACGCCGACUCACUCCCGAGCAGGUAAACAUGCUGGAGAAGAGUUUUGAGGCAGAGAACAAGCUGGAACCGGAGCAGAAGACCCAGUUGGCCAAGAAAUUAGGGCUGCAGCCGAGGCAGGUGGCGGUGUGGUUCCAGAAUCGCCGUGCACGGUGGAAGACCAAACUGCUCGAAAGGGACUUUGAUCACCUCAAGUCAUCCUAUGAAUCUCUUUUAUCAGAUGUUGAUUCCAUUUGCAAAGAGAACGAUAAACUAAAAGCUGAGAUUGUGUCCUUGACUGAGAAGCUGCAAACCAAAGAGGUGGCAGCCGGAGGAGCACCGAAAUCUGAACCACUUCCGGCGGAUGUUGUGCCCCAUAUUUCAAUCCUCCAACUGAAUGUGAAGGUGGAGGACCGCCUGAGCUCCGGCAGCGGUGGAAGUGCGGUGGUGGAGGAGGAGGAUGGCCCACAGCUUGUGGACAGCGGUGACUCCUACCUCCCCAAGGAUGACAUUGACCGCCGGAAUUACUUCUCUCCUGUAUUUGCGGCGGCGGAGCAGCAGCAGCACCACCCCCAUGACGACGGAGAGCCACUGGGGUGGUGGGCCUGGUCUUAAUUAAUUAAUUAAUUAAUUUAGUGUUUAAGCUUUGUUGUCACUAUUGCCAUUGUGCUUUUGUAUUUCUCUGUGCAAUUAUGUGGACUUUACCUCUUAAAAAACAGACAAAAAAAGGUGGGAACAAAUUUAAAAAAUAAAUAAAUAAAUAAGAAAGUAGAUCGGUUGGUUUGGAUC